UCAGGUACUAUUAGAGGUUCUCGUUCUCGUUGGGUUGCCCUUUUCUCCUCCUUCUUUUUUUUUCUUUUUCUUUUCCUUUGCAUAGGUACUUCGUCAUCCAUCCGGACCUCCCAGAUGUGAGGGCCGGAGCGUGCUACGAAAAGGUGCUGACGCCCACUUAUAAAGUCAACGCUGCGCCGGCUGCCCCUGGGCGGGAUCCAUGACCAUCUGCCCCAGCGGCUUGGUCUACCACAUGACUCCGUUUUAAGAACCCCGGAUCUCCUCGAUUCGAAAUCCCAGUACUUCACCCUCCCCAAAAAGAAUCCCGUUGGGGAGUUUCGUCGCCCGCUAGUAUCAUAUAAUUCAACGUCCGUGCAGGCUCGGCUCUGUAUUCACCGGCAUCCUGAUCUCGACCUGCACUAAAGAAGCGAAUAGACUACUUCCGCCCAAUCGGCGGCUUCCAUCUCCGAAUUACCUUUACUUAACAUUCCCUUGUCCUUGUGGCAAAAGUAGAGGGAAAGGAAUAUCUACUUCACAAAUGUUAUCUUACGACAGCCCCGUUCCAGUCAACGGAACGCAUCCGUCCCCAGCUAGCACGGCCGCCGCAAUCAAUGCCGUGGCCGCCGAUUCGAACCCAGCCGGUACGAGUAUUAUGCCAGGAGCGUCAAGUAAUACUAUCCCAAGAGCCAAUGGCCAGUCCGUGCCCAGGCACCAUCAUAUUUGGCUAGUGACGGGCCCAGCUGGCUGCGGCAAGACAACUGUCGCUAAGCACCUGGCAACAGCUCUCAAUCUGCCUUAUAUCGAGGGCGACGAGUACCACCCAAAGGCAAAUAUUGAAAAGAUGGGCAAUGGAAUACCGUUGACGGAUGCUGAUCGAUGGGACUGGCUCACGGCCCUACGCGAGGAAUCUCUCCGACGAUUCGCAUUUGGUGCCCAAGGAGUCGUGCUUACAUGCUCGGCUCUCAAGCGCAAAUAUCGGGAUGUCAUAAGGGUGGCUCCUUACUAUCUGCACGACGUCAUUUGCCAUUUCAUCUAUCUUCAUGCUCCAGAAGCGGUUCUCCUCGAGCGCGUUGGGUUGAGACAGGGCCACUAUAUGGGGCCCGACAUGGUUCAUAGCCAGUUCUCCAUUCUGGAGCCACCAACCGAGGAGGAGACGGACGUGAUCAGCAUCGAUGUGAGCGGAUCAGCGGAAAGUGUUUUGAGAGAUGCUCUUGAAAGAGUCCUUGCGAAGAUCGACGAAGCUCCAUGAAGCUAGUUUCGCAUGCUGUGGUUGUAACAUGGCAUGAUCCGGCGAGGGCCGACAUAAUACGAAUCGAAAGCAAAGGACAGGAGAGCGAAAAGGCGAGGGCACCCUCGGCUUCAGGAUUAACGUCGUGCUUUUUUUUUUUUCACCCACGCGAUUGCUUAGGAGUAAUGGUUCCGUUAUUCACUUUGGCGCAAUAAGAGAGAGGCAUUGGGACGAUCGAAUCGCCUUUCGAGUAUAAGCAGCGUAAGCUACCACGCAGAGGUUU